ACAGCCUUUUCAUUUCCUUCCUCCCACCCAUGUCUUGUCUACCGGGUAUGUGUGUCUCUCUCUCCCUUCACAGUGGAUGACUCAGCCAAUUUGCCUCCCUCCCCUCCUCCCUCUCCGUCCGCUGAGCAGAUCGGGCCAGCGGCACAAGGUACACCCCUCCAAUGCACACUUUUAGCGCCUCUGAGAAGCAUCCGCAUGGUCGCAUGAAUGGUGCUGAAGUGUAACUGAACUCGGAAUAUAUCAGCCACUUCUCCUCUUUCCUCUUAUCUUCGACCCUCACGCCGCAGGGUUUGACGUGGCGCAGACGACACGCCAAACCCUGCGAUGUCCACACGUUGGGCCAUCUUUCCUUCCAGUGUUUCAUCUCAUUGGUCAGAUUUCCCUGUUGUAUUUGUCACACAAUCACCCGUACAAAUCACACAGCAUCUGCUACCCUGUAGUCUUAAAUGUUUCAGAUCAUCAAACAAAUGUAAAUAUUAGUCAAUGACAACACAACUCAACACAAAAUGCACUUUUUAAAUGAAUCUUUUUAUUAUUAAGGGAGAAGAAACAUCCACACCUACAUGGCCCUGUGUGGAAAAGUAAAACAUAACUUAACUGAGAUGAAUUCAGAUCUAUCAGUGUGGAAAAGGCUAUGAAGCCAUUUUUAAAGCUUUGGGACUCCAGCCAACCACAGUGAGAGUCAUUAUCCACAAAUGGCCAAAACAUGGAACAGUGGUGAACAAACAACAAAAAUUUGUUUCUCAUGCAUCUGUAAUGCUCCUAAACAUGCAUCGAAGUACUAAAAAUAAAAAAAAAUACAUCAAAUUUUGCUCAGUGCCCCAAUUUAGCCAGGCGUGGCGGACGGAAAAAUGUUAAAAAGCGAUUUUUGCGACAUGACUCUAAAUCACAUGUCUUGUUAUGGACAAUGUUGUAUUAUUGGUGUUUUUAUUGACAAUUGCUAACUUAUUUUUACACUCGUAUGACCUCUGAAUGAAGGGCAUCAGAAUUUAUAUAAACUGGAAACAAAUUUAGCGGUUGUGUUUAACAUUUAAGGUUCCAUGACUAAUGCGAUACGUUGUCAUUAUCGCAUGGUAUCAACACAUUUUUUCCCCAAACUAAGUUAUUCACUGUAUUCACUGGUCAUCUCAAAGUCUACCCAUUGCAUCGCAUGCGUCUCCAUCAGUGGCUAAAAUGUGUCGUGCACCCAUGUAAUUCCAGUUCCCUCCAUGUCUCACCCACCUGCCCCGCUUCCCUUGUUUGAGAAGAUAAAGUCAAGCCUGUCAGUGCUCCCUCCGCGGAGGAGCAUCAGCAGGAGGAGGAGGAGGAGGAGGAGGAGGAAGUUGCCAGUUGCCAGGAGGAAGUGACAUGUGAGCAUCCGGGCUCUCCGCUCUUAGAGCAGGCAGAUUUGGUAACAGAACCGCAGGCUUUGGGCUGCGAGCAAGCCCAAACACCUGAGGUGCUCAAUGGAGGAAGUCAUCACAGGGAGCACAGUCCAUCACAGAAAGGUGUGUGAGGGUGCACUUUGCACAAGGCUGAUUCCUCCUGUGUGUGUGUGUGUGUGUGUGUGUGUGUAUAUGUGUGUGUGUGUGUGUGUGCGUGCGUGCGUGUGCGUGAGUGUGAGUGCAUGGGGUUUAUUUUCUUGUGCUUGUUUUAUUCUGCUUCCUGCAACUUUGCUGCUUUUAAAUCCUAAACUUUGUCCAGAGGCGUUAUUUUCUGCUUUUCCACAAUUCCAUUUGCUUUUCCGUGGAUCUUUUUGUUGCAAGAUGUUGUCAACCAUGUGGUGGUUGAUCAUGGUUGUCGUCGGUGUGUUGGCACCUGCGUUGCAAAUGCAGUUAUCACUUGUCACACUGUAGCAUAUCGUGGCACAGCGACUUUCAUUGUUGCUUCCAGAACCAGCAUUGAAUGUGUUUCCUCUGGUUCUGACUUGGAAUUGCAUUUGUCUCCAGUGAUUGCAUCUUCCUUUUGAUAUAAAGAUCAUGCUGUGAGCCUUCAAAUCUGAUUUGUGGGAUAUUAUAUUGUUAGACCUACACAAUCUAAUCCCAUUCUGAGCGCUAUAUGUUUAUUGGAGUGGUUGUAGUGGGGUAAAACUGGAAUGGACCGUGGGUUUUUAAUUAUGGUUAGCUCAUUUACAGUGGUGUGAAAAAGUGUUUGUGCCCUUCCUGAUUUCUUAUUUUGUUUUCUUAGUUUGUCACACUUAAAUAUUUCAGGUCCUCAAACAAAUAUAAGUAUUAGUCAAUGACAACACAACUCAACACAAAAUGUUUUUAAAUGAAACUUUCUAUUAUUAAGGGAGAAAAAAAAUCCAAACCUACACGGCCCUGUGUAGAAAAGUGUUUUCCCCCUCUGUUAAAACAUAACUUAAGUGAGAUUCAUUGAGAUCUAUAAGUCUGGAAAAGGUCAUAAAGCCAUUUCUAAAGCUUUGGGACUCCAGCGAACCACAGUGAGAGCCAUUAUUCACAAAUGGCCAAAACAUGGAACAGUGGUGAACCUUCCCAGGAGUGGCCGGCCAACCAAAAUGACCCCAAGAGCGCAGCGACAACUCAUCCGAGAGGUCACAAAAGACCCCACAACAACAUCCAAAGAACUGCAGGCCUCACUUGCCUCAGUUAAGGUCAGUGUUCAUGACUCCACCAUAAGAAAGACGCUGGGCAAAAACGGCCUGCAUGGCAGAGUUCCAAGACCAAAACCACUGCUGAACAAAAACAACAUUAAGGCUCCUCCCAAUUUUGCCAGAAAACAUCUUGAUGAUCCCCAACACCUUUGGGAAAAUACUCUGUGGUCUGACCAGACAAAAGUUGAACUUUUUGGAAGGUGUGUGUCCAAUUACAUCUGGCGUAACUUUCAGAAAAAGAACAUCAUAGCAACAGUAAAAUAUGGUGGUGGUAGUGUGAUGAUCUUCAGGACCUGGAAGACUUGCUGUGAUAAAUGGAAGCAUGAAUUGUGCUGAAGGAGAAUGUCCGGCCAUCUGUUGGUGACCUCAAGCUGAAAGCAACUUGGGUUCUGCAGCAGGACAAUGAUCCAAAACACACCAGCAAGUCCACCUCUGAAUGGAUGAAGACUUUGGAGUGGUCUAGUCCAAGUCCUGACCUGAUUCCUAUUGAGAUGCUGUGGCAUGACCUUAAAAAGGAAAAGCCUCCAAUGUGGCUGAAUGAUAACAAUUGUGCAAAAUUCCUCCCCAGCGCUGGAAGAAACUCAUUGCAAGUUAUCACAAACGCUUGAUUGCAGUUGUUGCUGCUAAGGGGGGGGCAACCACUUAUUAGCUUUAGGGGGCCAUCACUUUUUCACACAGGGACAUGUAGCUUUGGAUGAUUUUCCUCCCUUAAUAAUAAAAAGUUUCAUUUAAAAAGUGCAUUUUGUGUUGAGUUGUGUUGUCAUUGACUAAUAUUUACAUUUGUUUGAUGAUAUGAAACAUUUAAGUGUGACAAACAUGCACAAAAAUAAGAAAUCAGGAAGGGGACAAACACUUUUUCACACCACUGUACAUACACAAUAUACAAUAUUAAGACUCUAGGCUGGAUCAUGUCCCGUAAAUGUAAUCAAGUAUUUGCUCUCAGGCUGACUCUUUUAUGUCAACCCACAUGUAUUCCAACAGGAAUUCAGUACUUUCAGUACUUUAUUUUAAAGUGUGUACUUUUAUUUAAUGUCAUCUAACAUCAUGCAACUCAUACCUCCAUUGCAGUUGUGCACGUGCGACCUCAUCGGUGCACUGCAACGUGUGUUUGGAGAGCUGCUGUCUCUGUGUGCACAAGGCCUUGGCUUGGCUGUUGUUGCUCAGCUUUAAUGGAUGCUGCUUUUAGUUAACAUGACUCAGCACAAAACUGUACAGUGUCCUCCAAACUCGCAGCACAGCCAGAAGAAAGUGUUGGAAUGGAGUCAACAAAGGAGACAGCAGAGGCGAUCAAAUCCAUUUCAAAAGUUGGUGCUCAAUUAAAGGCCACAUGUGAUACUUUUCUGAAGACGUCAAAAACCUACUUUGAGUUUGGCGCAGCAUCAGAAACGGAGACAAGUGGAGAAGCAGAACCGCACGGCGUUGCGAAAGGACAGACCUCAAGAACGUUUUCCGAAAGCUUGUGUCCAGUCACCGAAGGAUUUGAUGCAUCUGUGGAGAGAUGUUCCCCCGUGUUGCCUUCAGACGACUUCAUCAUAACCUUACCAGAGAAAGACACCUACCACCACCUACAUUCUGAUCGGCACAGUUCUGAGCAAUCAAGAACUUCCUGUGAGCCAUUGGACCUAGCAGGCGUCCUCCCUCGCACAUCCCUGCAGAAGAAGGAGCUUGACACCAUAAGACGAAAGUCGAUGCCGGCCAACGUGGCUGCUCUGGUCGGCAGCUCUUUGGCCAAACUCGCCCUCGGAGAACAGACUUCAAGCCUGGUGGGUGACGAAAGACACAAGCAGGACCUGGGCUACUGUGUCAUGACUGAGUACUCUGGACCCAUGCCUUCCCCGGACGACAAGCCCAGUCCAGGAGACUCCUCUUCACCUUGUUUUCCAACAAUGGAGCUUGGAGCUUCUGAAGUUGAAGGUGGUCAGAAAUUGCAACCAAGUCAUAAGGAAUGUAACCAUGGACUAGCCCAUAAAGCACCUGUACGGGCCAAGAUACUUGAAAGGGCUGUGACCACUGGAAUUAAACCAGAUCGCUUAAGGAUCCCAAUGACCGCUCCAAAAGACAGAUUGACCGAAUUUCGUUUGCUGAGCGGUCUACCUGGUGAUAUGAAAAUACAACCAAUUCCCGAAGUAGACGUUGAAAAAGACUCCUCAAGAGAGGCCUCUCCUGUCCCCCCAGAUAUGUCCUUCGUAUUUACGUCUACAGAAACUGGAAGUUCCACCUCACUCAAAAACCCGGACGGUACCUCCCAAGGAUCACCGUCAACUGGAGAGAAGACAAAUGAUGUCUCAGCUGAGAUUGUAGCAAAAAUCAAACCUGGUGAGGUUAAUAGACGACCGAAAACGCAGGGCAAGAAAUUAUCAGGUGAUCACAAGACGACUGCAAGAUCAGGAGCAAGAGAAAAGGAAGAGGUCCCCAAAGCCCUAAAGCCCUCAGAUGGGAAGAGUACGUUCUACUUACAGGAAGACACUCCUAAGCCACAAUUACCCUCUCCUGUCAUAAUUAUACCUCCAACACAAGUGGAAGAGGAGGAGGAUAUUGAGAUUGCUGAGGAGCCACAAGAGAUAAUGGAUGAUGCUGACAUACAUCUGCUCCCCAAAGUGGACCAGACUGAACCAGGAAUGCUCAAAGCGGAAAGAAGCGGUGCCGGGCAGCCUGGGACACACAGCCCGUCUGCGUGCUCUGACGAUGACCCAACACUGCCACAGCAACCACCGGGCAACGUGGAGGAGAUGCUUGGUCCAGAUGUUGAAGUUGAAGUAAAAGAGGAGAAGGAGACUGGUAUGGAGGACACCAGAUCUAUCAGGAUAGGUCAAAAGGUAGACGUUACCAGUCAAGCCGUUGAUGAAGAAUCUACUGUGGACGUCUCAGACAGUAGUUGGAUUUAUUCAAAAGAUGAUGACAAAACUAUCAUGACAAAGCAAAUUGGAGCCCGUCCUCCAACCCGGGGUGUACCCGGGGUGGGCACCCCCGCUAAACGGGCGCCUGGCAGAGGGAGCAAGGUGUCACGGAAAGUCCCCGACUUUCAUCCAAAAGAGGAGAUGAAGAAGACAAAAGGUGUCAUGCGGAGGGCGGACCAUCUUAAGGUCUCAGCCCUCCAGAGUCGAAAGGGUGUGGCCAAACAUCCUCGGCCCGCUCUGCUUCACGGCUCUGCUAGACGCAAAGCCACAGGCGUCGAAAGCUCCCAGCCGUUAAGUGUCCACCAGUCCAGGGAGAGACCAGCCCCUCUUUCCUUGCAUUUGUCUCACCAGAGGAAACCUAGCCCCACGCGGCCUGUUCUGUUAAAGAUGGCAGUGCAGCGUCGGGGGUCCGAUCAGCAAAUACCCCGUCCGAACUCUGCCUGUAGUCUUAAACGGGGCCCCCAGGUGGAGGCGGUGCUCAGUGAGGCCCGCCCCACCUCCGCAUGCUCCCGCCCUCCCCCUCUACCAAACACACAGGAGAGAGCGUACCGCAGCCCGGAGAAGAGGUCGUCUCUUCCAAGGCCGUCCAAGUCUCUGACACGCCACCUCCCUGCUGCCGAGCAAGAAGAGAGUAGCCCCUGCAGGCCGACGUCCAUCAGCACCGAGGCCAAGGCCGACAGCAGGUCCGGAAGGGGCCCGAGUAUGGCAGGCACCGACUCGGCACGUUCCUGGUCGGCCCGCAGCGGCACCUCCACCCCCGGCUCCACAGCCGUCACGCCCGGCACCCCGCCCAGCUACUCCUGCCGCACACCUGGCUCGCGCACCCCCGGUAGCCACACGCCCAAGUCCUUCAGCGUUCUCCAGGAGAAGAAGGUGGCGAUCAUCCGGACCCCGCCCAAGUCGCCGUCCUCGGCCCAGCGGCAGCUGAAGGUUCUCAACCAGCCUCUGCCUGACCUCAAGAAUGUAAAGUCCAAGAUCGGAUCCACUGCUAACAUUAAACACCAACCCAAAGGCGGACAGGUGCAAAUUUUAACCGAGAAGCUGGACUUCAGUCAUGUUCAGUCAAAGUGCGGCUCCAAGGAUAAUCUGAAGCACGCUCCCAAAGGAGGCAAUGUCAUGAUUCCGAGUGUUAAACUGGACUUCAGCCACGUUCAGGCCAAAUGUGGCUCCCUAAACAAACUCCAGCAUGCCCCAGGCGGAGGAAACGUUCAAAUCCAGACCAAGAAAAUCGACUUGAGCCACAUCACUUCCAAGUGCGGCUCCAUGUCCAACAUCCGCCACAGGCCAGGCGGAGGAAACGUUCGCAUCGAGAACGUGAAGCUGGACUUUAAAGACAAGGCUCACGCCAAGGUCGGCUCCCUGGACAACGCCAGUCACAUGCCAGGAGGCGGGAACGUGAUGAUCGAGAGCCACAAGCUGAGCUUCCGGGAGACCGCCAAAGCUCGGGUGGACCACGGCGCGGAGAUCGUCGUCACCCACUCCCCCGGCCUGGAGACGGGCGGCACCUCGCCUCACCUGUCCUCCGCCGGCAGCAUCAACCUCCUGGAGUCGCCACAGCUCUCCACGCUGGCCCAAGACGUCACCGCCGCGCUGGCCAAGCAGGGCUUAUGAGCGACCUUCAUCCCGACCCGCCUCAUUCGACCACAAGCAUCCGGUGUUCUCCCACACGCCCCCGCCCCCAAGAAACCCUCCACCCCACCCUGACACGUCUGCUUUCCAGAGGGAUUUUAAAAGGGAAUUCUCAGAUUGGUCUUCAUCCACCCAAGUUACAGUUUUGGACUUUUUGUGUGUAAGAGGGCGUAAGAUUGUAUUGUUUUUUCUAAGCUUCUUCAAGUUUAUUUGCAGCUACGUAGAAAACGGUUGUGAGAAGAUGAUCCGAGAGUCUGAUGGGCAAGUAUGUUAAAAUUUGUGUGAAAAAAGACGGUUUCUAAUGGACGUCUGCUGGCCUGUUUUACGCUUUUAUAUAUUUCACUGUAGUUUUGUACAUUCAGUAGAGUUUGUUCAUUUCCUUCCUGUUUUUUUUCUCUGUCUUGAAAUGAGCCUCAGCAUGAAGUUCUUUUUUUGGUUUUUGUUUUUUGGAGCAGCCUCAUGUUCCUCUCCUUCCUCUUCAGAGAAUGGAAAAAGGGAAGCUGUAUGUUGUAUUUGUCGUAUGUGAAAACAUUCCACGUUGAAAGUUGGAAUCCAGUGGAAGCCGUGCGGUUGUUUUGCAGAAAUGAGCGCGUGGAAGCUGUUGGAAUUCAUUCAUUGUUGUAGCGUGUCCACCGCUCACUGUCGUGAAUGUCCGUCACGUCCCCUCCAGUAUCUACGCCUGUGUAUGUGUAUUUAAAAGACCACGCUGUUUGCAAUGUUCUGAUGGGCCAAACGCUCACAUGAAAAACAAUGAAAUAAAGAACAGGAAAGGUGGUUGCAGCUUA